GGCUCAUAAACGCGGUGCUGUGUUUACAGACCGCUGGUCACUUGGAGAUCCGGCUUGUCGGGUGCAUGUGGACUGUCAGCCUGUUGGAUUACACCAUGUGGAAGAACUACGAAACUUGGGGCCAGUACGGACUCUCACAUUUAAUAAGAUGACAGCUUUGGUGUUAAACCUGAUCUUCAGGGACAUUUCUGAAAGCAACAUUAACUGUUUACACAGAAGAAAUGUCCGCAACUGCAAGUCCAACCAUUCCCUCAUCUCAACUGACAUCGGAUCAACUCACAGUGGUCGCCGCGUGUUUUUCCUCCCUGGUGUUCUUUGUUGUUAUUGUGGUUCUCCUGUCCAUCAUUUACCGCAAGGACCCUCAGUGCUGCAGAUUGCGCUCCUAUCAGGGGCCACAUGCAGAUAUGGAUGCUCCUCCUCAGUACUACAGCAGCAGACAGACACUGGUGGGAUCACCUUGUUUAGAGCAGACACACAUCCCAGAUGCCAACAAUACUGACGGGAGUCAGCUGUUCUAUGUCGGCCUGCCUUCCAGCUACAGUCUGCCCUCUCUGGAGCGCCCCCUGCCCAGGCUGCCCUCCUAUGAGAGUGUCCGAAAAAAGGAUCGCCAGAGGCAGAUCCACAUGAUGAUUGCAGACCGCUUUGGCCUCAAUGGGCCCAUUGAGACGGAGCCACCACCAUCAUAUGAAGAGAGCAUCCGUCAGUCUGUGGAGCUGCCGUACAACAUCCUCUCAUCUAGUUUGGAUGCUUCUCCCACAUUGGGUAACGACACCAACUCUGCACCUGAUUUUCAAACGGAGCUACCUCAUCCGGACAACUCUGAGAGCAGCCACAAUGUUCAUCCUGCAUUUUGCUGACUGAGUUCUGAAGACGUUUGAUGAAUGUGGCAAACUUGACAACAAGUGGAAUUUAAGACCAUAACAUUGGAACAUUGUUGAUUGAAAUACCUCAAGACUGACUUCUGGUCAUCAGGAGCUGGGCAACCAAAGAAGAGCUGCACAGAUUUGUGCAACACACAAUGGAAAAAAACAAUGAUGCUGGUACAACUUGAAUAGGACGGUGAAAUUAAAACUGCAUGAAAAAUGUGGACUGAAGGACUGAGAAAAAACAAAAAGUUUUUUUUUACUUGUCAUAAAAAUAUUGUGUCAGUGGAAGUUAGUUUUGGCUUUGCUGUUUGUGCAGGGCAGAAAACACUUUCUGAUUUUCAAAUUUAUGAGAAUUUUUGAGUGAGGUCAACCUACAACUGCUCAUAAAAUAAAUAGGACACACACAUCCCAGAUUUCAAAGAAUUAAGUAUUCCAGUAAAUUUUUUUUUAUUGUUUACAUGAUGUAAUUCAUUAAAAACAAAACGACCAAUGGAACCCAAAAUUAUGAAUGGACUGAGGGCUGUCAGCUCCUGGACGGUUACGUCAUGUAAUUUGGUAAAUGCAACGAACGCUAUGUGAUAUCACAGAUGUAUUGGACUGGAUUCAGGUCAUCAUUGACCCACUGACAUACCGGUCACGCUGGAGGACAUUACAGGCAGCAGGUUCUCCACAGCGUAUCCAGACUCUCGCAUGUCUGUCACAAGUGCUGAGUGUGGCUUGUCGGCCAACACGCAGAAAAGCCACACGAGCACAGGAAGACCUGAACCAAGGUUUCAAUCCAGAACCUCUUGACUAUGAGUCAGAUGGGCUAACAACUGUCACCUUGCUGCUUUACCAACAUUUUGUCCUAUAAAUUCAGGGCAGGACGGUUUUAUUCAUCCACAAUAUUACACAGAAAUAAAUACCACAUUUCCAAAAGCUUUGUUCAUAUGAAAUGAAAAAAAAGAUUGUAGGAAUGCAUUGUUCCUAUUCAGACAUUACCUCACAAAAAAACUUUUUCUUGCCUGCUUGUAUUUAUUGAUGAAAAUGAUGACUAGUUAUUCAACUGCACCACCAACUGUAAUUGAUAUAUAUAUA